GGGAACAUUAACUCCAGAAGAAGCCUGGUAGGCGAAAAAUAAGAAAGAAAAGAUGCACAAAGAUGGCCGAACAUCCCCUAGCGCACAAUUUAAGAAACAGCAUUUGAGUCUGUCAAACAUUAAAAAAACAGAAACUAUAAAGAAUGAUUACUUGCUAAAGCCCUACAUUCCUGAUUACCCUGAAUUAGUGGAGUUUCAAGUAAAGAAAGUGUCUCAUGUCACAGGAGAACAUGGUGUUCUGGGAAUUUUUGCUAACUCAGGUUUCAAACAGCCAUCGAACUUGGAAAACAAUAAACAUUAUUUCCUUUGGUGGAAUUUAUCUGUCACAUCUCAUGACAUAUUCUCAGCUGAAGAUCGUUUUCUCACAUCUUUAUUCCCUGGUCGAAGUGCUGCUCAGAUCUGCAAUGGUUCACCCAUUCUUCAGCACUUUACUAACUCUGAGGCCUUCCUGGAAGAAUCUUCCUAUGGGAACUUCCGCUUCACCUUUUCGCUUAAGGAGCUUCUCUGGCACUAUGGAAAUCAGUUCUGUGGUCCCGACAGACCAGUUCUGCACAUUUAUGACACUGCGCUCUACAAAAAAGAGAUUCAGUAUACUGUUGUGGUGCAUCCUCCUAAUGUACAUCUUUAUGAUGAUUAUCCUCGACUUCCAAAUGAUGGUGUUGGUGAUAGUGUUUGUUGGUACAAUAAUGGAGCCAUGUGGUGGCGCUGUCAAUCCCCGUCAGACGACUACAACAGUGUGCUUGAGGUGAACAGAUUUGAUGGAAUUGUUAGUGUAAGCCCUCUUGACAGUGUGUACUAUGUGUGGGAUCAUGUCUCUGUAGCUUUCCACAUGGAGCCGGGGUGGGUGUUGCAUGUAGACCGGGACAGGCUGUUUAAAAGAGUGACAGCUUGUGAAGUGUCUCACCAUCAUCUUUUGAGAUUUCCAGAUGUUCCUCUGAGUUUAUGUAAAGCUAAGAGUAUUUUAGCUGAUCUUAAGACUCGAUACGGUUAGGGUUUGGAGGCUGCUGGCUGGAACUAAACAUAAUAUCAGAUAUAUUACACUCUUAUAAUUAUGCCAGUCAUGGUUUUACACCACUAAGCUUCAUUAGACAGCAGUUAAAACAACAUAUUUCAUUAAAUGGUUUUAAGUUGUUAAGCCACCUAUAAAGCGUUAAGCCUAUUUUCAUUUUAUUCUAAGACUGGGGAUUUAACUAAAUUGAUGGAGCAUUAUCUGAUUUUUCUGUUGUUGACAUCAUUACUAUAAUGGAACCUGACAAAUGGUAACAUAAAAAAAAUUACAAAAAGGUAUUGUGUAAAAUAAUUAGGUAUUACCUAAAGGACAAGAGAGCAGCCUUCGUGAGCAUGUUUGCAAACAUAUUGAUUUAAUAUAAAUGCUAGAUAAGAAGGAAAUUAAUAUUAACUGGCUUACAUGUAAGGAUAACUUUGCAAGCAAGAUUUUUAAUAUAGAAAGUCACUGGUUCGAGUCCCGGCUGGGUCAAUUGACAUUUCUGAGUGGAGUUCCCCUCAUGUUGGAGUGGGUUUCUUCCCAGUGCUUCCGUUUUCCCCAGUCCAAAGUCA